GCGACUGAGAAAUAGAUGGAAGACGAAAGUAAGAAAUUAUUCAAUGCAGCGUACACAUUGCGCCCCGUCACCCUCCGCGCCGCUCGGAGGUGAAGUCGGUCGGUUUGUCGUCGUGUCACCGGUGUCCGCCUCCCGAGCAGCGGGUAAUGGCUGCCACCGGCGGUAGUUCAGCCUGAGGAAUCGGUUCAGUCUGGAACAGAAUGGUCUGCAGCUCCUGCGAGCAGCAUCCAGCGAGCCAGCGUGAUACCGACGCCGAGGAAAUGCAACGAGAUCCGCGAGGGACCAAGUGUGAAUAACCCUCGAUCUGCUGUGAAAGUCAUGGCAGCAGCAAUGUCAUGUCUGACAGGUGUUGAUGACGAUGACAAAGAUGCCGAACCUGAGAUCAAUGCCCUCUCACUACUGCAAGAGCCUGUAAGAAUGGCCCAAGAGUCAGCCUCUUCCUCUGAUUCUUUUGGCAAGCUUUCUCUAAAACAGAACAGUGUCCUAGAUGUUCUGUCAAACACAGACAUGUUGUCUCCAGUUGGCCUGGGAAACGGACCUUCUUCGCACCAGGCUACAGAAGCAAAUGAACUCAAUAGCAUUUCCACAGAGAAAGAGGAAGAAAAGAGCAUCACCCCAUUAAAAACUGUCCAGGAAAUUGACUCUGCAGGAAUUUGGGGUUUUGACUCCGACUCACCUGAGAACUCGUUGGAUAGUUUUAGCGGUGCCAGUGAUCUUCAUUGGGAUCCUCACAAAGAGUUUAUGAAGUUUCUGUGGGAAAACAAUGGGAAUUCUUCGGAUGAGGAGUCGAAAGCUGAAGUCCUUCCGACUAACAGCCAAAAGAGAAGGAAGCGGAAAAUGGACAUGGUUGUCAUGGUGGAUCCCACAGAAGACAUUUACCCUGAUCUGAGCCAAACUUCAUCUGAGGGAAGGAAGUUCUCCAAAUCACAGUCGAAUGUUACGCAAAAGCCUUUUAUAUGCCGUGAAUGUGGACUGUCAUUCAGAAAAAGUGGUUCACUUAUUGAGCACAUGGCCAUCCACCAGGGUAAGAGAGCAAGACUCACUGAAGAGAUCAGAGGCACGAGUUAUAAGAAGAAGGAGGAUACAAAUGUUGAAAUGAAAAAGCUUUUCUGCCCUCAGUGCCCAUUUGUAGCAUACUACCCAAACAUGUUUGUUCAACAUGCGAAAACACAUGAGAAAGAAAAGAGAAAGUUUCGAUGUGACAAAUGUAGCUUCAGGACUUACAGUGAGAAUGAUCUUAGGAGACAUCAUGUUAUGCAGCACACUGUUAUAACGGUUAAAAAUCAGAUCCAGAAUCAUGACCCUGAAUCAUUUUCCUGUAACAUUUGUUCUUACAGAGCUUUUAGCAAAAAUAUUUUUAAGAACCACCUUCUGCGGCGCCAUCAACAAACCUUUGAGGACUACAAAUCCUCACAGCCUAAUCAGACAAGUGCAGGGGGAUACAAGGCUCCACGGCCUUGUGAGACAUAUUCACUGAUCCCGAAUACUGACUCAGCAACAUACUCCUGUAACAUUUGUUCUUACAGAGCGUUUAGCAAAAAUGUAAUGAAGAAUCACCUUCUGCGACGUCAUCAACAAACUUUUCAGGAUUAUGAAGUUGUGAGUCAAGUAAACAAGGGGGAACAAUCGAAGGAACCGUCUGUGCCCACUCGUAAAAGUCCUGUAGAAGAUGCAGAAUUCAUGUCUCAAAUCUCAAUAAAAAAUCGGAUCUCUUCUAGAAGAGCCUGUUCACCAAGUGAAUCCAACGACAUUUCAGACCUUUUCAAAAACAGCAAGAUUAAGAGAGGUCUCAAGUCUCAACCGAUGGAAUCAAAGCUUGACAAAUCCAUCAACGUUCUCCUGUCCAGACAACAAAGUGGAAGGAAGUCUGCUGAGCAAAAUGAGGAAACCAAUAAUUGCAGCAAGGAUGACUCUGAUCAGUUACCAGAAACAUUCAGUGUCAGGGUUGAAGAUUCGUCUUUAUCCCCAAAUGGACAUGGUUUGCCAUCAGGUGCAGCUGAAAAGGACUUCCAAAGCAUGUGUGAACCCAAAUUGAAUGUGCAUCAUUUAACUGUGAGAAGGUCACCAUCAAAGCGGAAGAUGUCCACCCCAUAUCGCAACACCUCAGAUCAAGACUCGUGCUUCAUCUUACCAAAACCAUUGCAGAGUCCCAAUAAUAUAAACCAAGAAGAGGAAGAAGAAGAAGAAGAAUAUGACGACUUCGACAUUCUCCAGUUUGAUGACAACGACAUGAACUCUUUUGACAAUGUUGACAAGGAAGAAAAACAAAACAUAAUUUACACCUAUAGUAGAAGAAUGUCCAUGAGGGGUGCUCUGCAGGCAUCUAAAAGGUUGUUUGAGAAAAUAAAGACUGAGGAGCCAGAACCAACGGAGCCUGAAAUCAAAGAAGAAUGCAUAGAAACAGAAGUAUGUGAAGAAACCUUUGAAUCCCACCAAAUACCACUGAGUGAAUCCUUCUCAGAAGAUUUAUCAGAGUCCGAAUCGGACCAAAAGAACUGUCCAUACUGUCCAGCUGUCUUUGAGUCAGGUGUUGGAUUAUCCAAUCAUGUCAGAGGACAUCUGCAUAGGGUUGGAUUGACCUACAAUGCACGCCAUGUAGUGCCUCCUGAGCAGGUGGCUUCUCAAGAUAGGAGGCCACGAAUUCGAAGGAAGAUCACAGCAUUCCGGAGAUUGAAAAAGGCAUUACAGAUGGAGUCGGAUUCUGGGACUGAGAGGAGUAUUCACUCCUGUCCAUUAUGUGGAGAUUCCUUUGAUAACAGGACUGGGCAGUCCAACCACAUAAGAGGCCACCUUAAAAAGCUUGGUCGAAGCUUCUCAUCAAAGACCAAAUCCCCGUUAGUUUUAAUCCGGGAGUUGAUGCGUGACAAGAAGGAAUUCCAGCGGGCAAUUCAAAUUUUGGGAAAGAGACGGAUCCACUACCAAUAUGAAGCUUCACCAAAGCUGCCCAGUGAUGAUUGUUUCACGCCAUCCCCCAUUGGAUUCCCAAAAAGUCAUUCUAUUCCAAGAGUUUGCAAUGAUGCCAAACCACUGAUGUCCACGUUUUCUUUAGCGGAAAUGGAGUCUGAAGAAAGUCCUCUAGAGUCCAAGUGGGAUGUUAAAAAUUCACUCCAAGGCACAACUGCCUUGAUAGGAAUCCUGAAGAAGAGAAAGUGUCAGGAAGAUGGCAGACUGAGGGGAUCCAAUCAGAUGUCAAAAAACAACACGCUUUGUUCAAACAGUGAGGACGCUUCAGAUUCACUGCCAAACUCGAUAUGCGAGAAAGGUGAAUUCAACAGGAAGGUGUGUGAGCAUUGCAAUGCAACUUUCCACAGUGGAGUCAGCUUGUCCAAUCACCUGCGGGCUUAUGCAAAACGAAAAAGGAAUGCCUUACUUGAGGGAAGCGCAUUUGACUGUAAAGUGAGGAGGCAGCGCUCGAGGCCUGGCUCCAAGAAGAAGCUACUGCCCUUACACACACAAACUCCAGAGGAAAUGUACAGACUCACCUGCAGGUUCUGCGACCUCGUCUUCCAGGGUCCCUUGUCGGUCCAGGAGGACUGGAUUAAACAUUUACAGAGACACAUUAUGAACACUAGUGUCCCCCACACUGGGCUGAGCAUGGUCGAGAUACCGUCGCUGCCCAAGGACCCCCAAGCCCUCAAGAUGGACCACGACCGCUCUUUGACAGCCACACAUGCUGCCUCAUGAAGACACUGGGGAUCCUUUUAGAUUUCACUAGACUGUAUGUGUAUGUGCAUUGGAUGUUCCGUCACUUUUUUUUAAGUCAAUGAAAUACUGGCCAAAAGUACAAUACUGCUCAAUGCUGGAGGUGUUGUACAUGUCUGGACAUUUGGACCGAUGAAAAUUAAUUAUUUUGGAUAUUGUUACCUUUUUCUGUUUUUACUUAGUCCAUUGUUGGAAAACAAUUCCAAAUGGAUGGACUGUUUUUUCUUGUUUAUGCAGUAAUGUUGUGUGGAAUCCAUUUCUAUUGAAAACAACUUUUACCUCAGAUUUCUCAUGGUUUGAGUCUGUUUUUGUCAAAGUUUGAGAGCACACCUCUCCUAUAUCAAUAUUCACAUUCGUAAGAUGCAUAUAAUCAUGUUUCUUUUGUACAACAAAAUUAUGAAAUCCAAGCCCUCACUGUUUUCAGCCCAUAGUUACUGAGAGGAAAAUUCUCUCUAAAGACAGUUCCAGGAAUCACAAUUGAUCUGCUUCUCAAGAACAAAAAAGAAAAAUGUCUGCAAACUUGUUAUGCAUAGAAAGUGUUUCAUAGAAUUUCAGUAACUGCAUUGUUUCUAAUACAAAGAUGAAAUUAAAAGUAAAGGUGAUGAAGAAAAAGAUCUAUCAUGCACAGCCUGUGCUGGCAAUGCCCUUCAUACAUGUCACCUAUAUUUAAUGUUUAAAUAUACUGUUUUGAAAUAAUUUAAUUUUAAAUGUACUAUAUCACACAGAUACAAAGCUUAAAAACAUUUGUGUUCUAAAUAAAAAAUGCAAAGAAACAA